CGUUGGCAUCAUUGGGUGUGGUUUACCGUCAGGUGUUCGCCAAUUUGGGCUUUUCUUGUCACUCUAUUGGUCGAGCAGUCGAGCAGUGUCUUAUCGUCCACACCCCGGGUAAAGAUGACAAUCUUGUCAGGGUACCAACUACGAUUGGCAUGUACUUACAUAAAGAGCCAUCCAUCACUUGAAUGCUCCGCAACUUAUGAUGAAUUUCCUCCUUGAACCCUUCCUACCGCGUCUUCUACCAGCUACGCUGCAGCUGCACAACCUGUGCAUUUCUGACAACCCGCAGCUUGUCCUUGGUGCUGCAGCUUGUCUUGGUGUAAUAGUAGGUGCAAUUGCGUGGGCUUACCUUCCGAAAAAGAAGAGUGGGCUGCCUCUCCCACCGUCCCCUCCCACUUGGAGACUUUUGGGGCACAUGCUGCCGCAUCGCAACACAUUUCUCACUGUAGCGGGAUGGAUACACAAGUACGGUCCUGUGAUCACUAUUCGGUUGGGAUAUGUGAAUAUUGUUAUUAUCGGACGUUAUAAAGCCGCGAUAGAUAUCAUGGAGAACCAGGGAAAAUCACUAGCUGAUCGUCCCCGCAUGGUUGCUGCUGGAGAAAUUUUUAGCGGCGGUCUCAGCAUCGCCUUUGCACCCUUUGGGGAAAGGUUUCGUUGCAUGCGUAGAGCACUUCAUACGCACCUCCAGCCUAAAGCAGCUGAGGCUUAUCAGCCCCUGCAGAUGUCACACGCGAAGAAUACUGUCCUUGACAUCCUUGAUGAUCCGCACAACUUCGAGAACCACGUGAAAACUUAUGCCGCGGCGAUAAUCAUGAAAAUUGCAUACGGGAAGAAUACGCCCACGUCUGCGACUGAUCCCGAAGUCAUUGAGACUAAUGAACUCUUCAGGAUGGUUGGUGCAAUUGCUCGCCCUGGUGCUUACCUGGUGGACUCGAUCCCUUGGCUCAAAUACCUUCCUUGGUAUGGCCGAGACUUAAGACGGGGGUUUGAGAGGAACAUGAAACUCAACGCUGGUCACAUGAACCGCGUGAAAGAACAAAUGCAGAGCAAUGUAGACAUCGGCCCUUCGUUCGCAAAAUAUAUGCUAGAAAGUGGUCAUCUCUAUGGUUUGUCAGAGGCUGAGACGGCCUUUCUUGCUGGUGCCUUGUUUAGAGCUGGAUCCAAUACGACUUCUGUCGCACUAUGUACGGUGUUCAUGGCUGCUGCAUGUUUCCCCGAGGAGCAAGCAAAAGUUCAGGCCGAGCUCGAUGCGGUCAUCGGAAGCCACCGAGCGCCGACCUUCGCCGACCAAAGUUCCCUUCCUCGCCUGCAAGCCUUCAUUUCUGAAGCCUUGAGAUGGAGACCCAUGGCUCCCGGUGGUUUGGCUCACCAAACGAACAAAGAAGUGAUUUGGGAGAACUAUUGUAUUCCAGCUGGGACUAUUGUAUUCGGCAACCAUUGGUCCAUCUCUCGAGAUCCAGAAGUCUACCCUGAGCCUUAUGCGUUCAAGCCUCAACGUUGGAUUGACGACCAAGGUCGCCUGAGAGACGAUUUAAAAUUCUUUGUCUACGGGUUUGGUCGGCGUGUAUGCCCCGGUCAACAUGUAGCGGACAGAUCGGUAUUCAUCAACUCGCUCCUUAUUCUCUGGUCGUUCCGGCUCGCCUUGGAUCCUACGCAGCCGUUGGAUGACAUGGGGUACAUAAACGAUGACAUACCAGAGCGGCCGUGCGCAAUUGAGUUUGAGGCGAGGAUUCCCGAAACGGAGCUCAGGCGCAUGAUGCAGGACCAUCCUGAGGUUGCAUUGCAUGAAAAGUCUUGA